UGUGUGUGUGUGUGUGCACUAACACAGAGAGAGAAAAAGGGAGAGAUUGUGUCAGAGGGGUUGGCUCUGGUGCAUUAUAUAAAUGCAGGGUCCUGAUGAAGGUAUAUGUAUUAAAGGAAGGAAAAACUCCUCUAGGCUUUGCUGUGGAACUUUUCAGCAACAAGAUUUUUGUCUGGAGUAAUACGCAAAUCUGACAAUGACCAGUCACAAAGUUGUCUUUCGUGAUGUGAACCUGCAGUGCAAAGUGAAUAACCGUGCCCAUCACACAGAAGAAGUAGGCACAGAUCAGCUGGUUGUGCGUCGAGGACAGCCCUUUUCUAUAAUCCUUCAUUGUACAGAUUCACCUCCACUGCCUCCAAACCAACAGCUCACUCUGGUCCUCAACCUGGGUGCACGGGGGGAGGUGGUGGUGAGGGUUUCAGGUUCAAGGGCAGCUCAUGGUAAAUGGUGGUUCAGUCAGCAGACAGCUCAGAGUGAGGUGUUGCUGAGGGUCCACAGCCCUGCUGAUGCCCCUGUGGGUCAGUACAGCAUUACUGUGCUCUUGCUCUCUUCUGAGGGACACAUCCUAGAGCAGAGCUCCCCUCAUUCCUUUUUCCUGCUUUUCAACCCCUGGUGUAAAGCCGACUCUGUGUAUUUGCCUGAUGAAGAGCUUUUGCAGGAGUACAUCCUAAAUGAGAAUGGCAUCCUGUACCAGGGCUCAUGGGACCAAAUCACCACUCUGCUUUGGAACUUUGGACAGUUUGAAAACAGUGUGAUGGACAUCUGCUUUGAUAUCCUGGAUAACUCCCCUGCUGCCUUGAAGAACUCUGAGAUGGAUAUCACUAAAAGAGCAGACCCUGUUUAUGUUAGUAGGACAAUUACUGCAAUGGUGAAUUCAAACGAUGACCGUGGAGUGAUAUUUGGGCGCUGGGAUGGUGAGUACAGCGAUGGCGUUGCCCCUACACGGUGGACUGGCAGUGUUCCCAUCCUGAGACGCUGGAGUGAAGGAGGGGCUCAGAGGGUGCGUUAUGGCCAGUGUUGGGUUUUCUCUGCUGUAGCCUGCACAAUUCUUCGUUGUUUGGGCAUUCCAACUCGAUGUGUCACAAACUUCACCUCAGCCCAUGACACUGAUGGUAACAUCAAUGUAGACUGCCUAUUUAAUGAGAAGCUGGAGAAUGUAUCUGAAGGCAGGAACGACAUGAUCUGGAAUUACCAUUGUUGGGUGGAGUCCUGGAUGAGCAGAGAGGAUCUCCCAGAAGGUUAUGAUGGAUGGCAAGUACUUGACCCAACUCCACAGGAAAGAAGUGAAGGUGUAUACUGUUGUGGGCCAUGCCCAGUGAAGGCAGUGAGAGAGGGUGAGGUGGGGAUAAAAUAUGAUGCACGGUUUGUCUUCUCUGAGGUGAACGCAGACGUGGUCUAUUGGAUUGUUCAUCCAGAUGGGGAGAGGACACGAGUGUCAGUGAACCAUACAAAUGUGGGAAGAAACAUCAGCACUAAAAGUGUGUAUGGAGACUACAGGGAAGACAUCACUGCAAACUACAAAUACCCUGAAGGCUCCAUAAUGGAGAGAAAGGUCUACGAAAAGGCUGGGAAGAAAGUGAUGAAGCAAAAUGGACAGGUAAAUAGGCAAACUGGUAAACUGGAGCUGUCUAUCAAGCAUGCUCAGGCCAUUCAUGGAACAGACUUUGAUGUAAUUGUGGAGGUGCAUAAUGCUGGAAGAGAAGACACACCUGCUCAGCUCACGGUCACAUCUAAUGCUGUCACAUACAACAGUCUCCAUCUAGGAGAGUGCCAGAGGAAGACUGCCAACCUCACAGUGCCAGCACAGAAAGCUCAUAAAGAAGUGAUGAGGCUUCGGUACGAGCACUAUGGAGCAUGCGUUUCAGAGCAUAACCUGAUCAGAGUCACAGCACUCCUCCAAACCAGCAGCGAGCAAAAUGUUAUUCUACAAGAGGUCAAUAUCCUCUUAAAAAUGCCCAAGCUUCAUAUCAAGAUGAUUGGAGAAGCGUUGGUAUCACGUAAGCUGACAGCACACAUCUCCUUCACGAACCCUCUGCCUAUCACUUUGACUAGAGGGGUGUUUACAGUGGAGGGGGCAGGGCUAACAGGAGCACAGGAGAUCCAGGCUCCUGGCAAUAUUGGACCUGGGCAGGACGUUGUAGUAAAAUUCACCUUUAAACCCAUUCGAGCUGGCCUGAGAAAGCUGCUGGUUGACUUUGACUCUGAUAGAUUGAGAGACGUCAAGGGUGAAGCCAUUAUAAUUGUUCAGAAGAAAAGAUUUGACAAUGCUUAAACAACUCAGACAUACCAUUUUAAUUCAACUGAGGCAUGAAAUAAGAUUAAUCUUAAUGUAGCUACAAGAGAACUUGUUGAGUUCUUAAUAUUAUAAUAUCAAUAGCAUUUUUUCACUUAUGCAUACCCUGGCUUGGUAGCUUGAAAAAUCUGUAUAUAAUCACAAUUCUUUGCCCUUUAUGAAUAUAAGUCCUUGGUUAAAUUAAAGCGAAUUCAUGCAUGGAAAUUAAAAAUAUGUAUUAAACUAAUGCAAUAAGCAGAAGAAGACUAAUUGACUUACUAAUAUAACUCAAACAUAAACAUUUAUGACACAUACACAUUAUUGAUACAGCAACUUUUUUGUGUAAUUAUAAUUUUGUGUAAAAUGUAUUCUAUCUGUUGUUUGUGAGUAAUGAGAUAUGAAUAAACACUUG